AUGAAGGGUCAAAUACGACCGAGGCUCUUUGACGAAUUUAUCGAAGGCCGUCACAAGCUUCGGCGUUCAGCCAGUCGGUGGUUGGCUGGUUGCGCUGCCCGCUCCGGCGUAUCGUGGCUUAGUGUCGGCUGGCCGACGCUCCGAAGUAUCGAUGAGAAGCAGGAAUUUGACCUCCUGUCUAGCAUAUGCAGUGCCUAUACGGUUCUUGAUGGUGUAGCGUUGGCCGUCUCAGUAGCUUGGGCGUCAGGCACGACCUCCUCGGAGGGCGAACAAGACAUUUAUUAUCAUAGGGACUCAGGAUUUCAGUAG